GGUCCGAUCUUCUUUCAAUUUCAAGUUUUUCAACCUCUUCCCGCUUACGAGGCCGGGAUAUUCUAUCAACAGUCGUCUCUUCCAUCGGCCGAACAAUUUCCGAUUUACCGACUAGGAUUUUCGCCUACAACUUCCGAAGAGAUUUUCUCAGUGUAAGUUUGAAAAAACCUAGCUAUAGGAUUCCGGAUUUCCUAAUCGUCAGAUCUUGGGCUCGAAAGAGAAGCUAGAAAUGGAUAAGGAUCUCUUAGAUAUCUCUGGAGAAGACGACGAAGAUAAUUGGCUUCUGAAGAAUACGCCGAAGAAAACUAAUUCGAGCCGAGGAAAGAGUUAUUUGAAAUGCUCACCUCUCCAAAUCCCUAGAUCUAGUCGUAUCGUUCCUACUCGGCCUCCUUUUUCCCCAAUUGGAAGAGUAACAGGCACCAGCAACAACAGGGAGCAGCCAUGCGCUUCAGUUGAUACAGAUAGUGUAGGAAAGGAGAAUGCUAAAGUUGAAUUGCCCAAAUUGAGUGUGGAGCGACAACAGAUGAAGAAGAAGAAAAAGAAUGCAGGGUUUAAUUUGCGCAAGAGUUUAGCAUGGGAUAGAGCUUUUUCAACGGAAGAAGGUGUUUUGGAUUCAUCUGAGUUAUCUAAAAUAACUGGAACUGCUUGCCAUCUUGGUGGAGAUCGGUUAGCUGCCAUUCAGGAAGAGUACAGAGAGUCAAUGUCAGCUUCCAAAUGUAAUGUUUCACCAGGACUACAAGCACUUGAAGAAAACUUAUUUAACGACUUGCCUGUGAAUAGUAAAAACAGAGAGAAGAAGCUUGUCAGUGGCAUAAUGCCCAAGUACGGAUCACCAUCUAAAUCCCAAUCUUCCUCGGCCCAGAAAAAAGUUAUCUCAGCUCAGGAUUUAAGGAGUGGUUCCAAGCGCAGUGGCUGUCCCCGGCCUCCUCCUUCAUCUUCCCUGAAAAGACCUGCAAAUGUGCAUACAACAACAUCACGUUGCAGGGAGCUGAGCAUAUCUAAAGUUCCUACUACCAAAUCUGACCCAGUUACAGUUGGAAACAACAUGAAAAGGACUACUCAAAGUCCAAUCAAAGCGAAAAACAGUCAACCUACUCAAUUAAAGAAUUCUCAGAGGAGCUUAGGAUCUGAAAGCUUCUCUAAAAACACUUCAAGCACCAAGAGUAAAACAAAAUCCAGUCUGGCGAGUAAAUCUUCAAUUCCUAAGCCCUCUCUUAAGCAAGCUAGAAGAAAUGUGAUCAGCAAAUCUUCAGAAAUUCCGACAGUAUCAUACUCACAGCAUUCUGUUGUUGCAAAAUCCAACGUUGGCCCUAUGACUGCAUCAGAUGUGGCUAUGCUUGGUCAUGCAUCAGUUAUUCCAGACUCUAAUGUAAUUACUCUGGGCACCUCGUUAGCUCAAAGUUCUUGCAAUAAAGCUGGAAGCACGCAGUCCGCAGUUUCACGACUGGGAAAGCCAUCAGGCUUAAGAGCGCCAAAACCUUCAAUUGGCUAUUUCAGUCAGUCUGACUCUCAACCGUCGCAGAGUGCGGGAGACAAACACAGUCAGCUUCCCAGAUCUGAUGUUUGUUCAGCCGCUCAUUUUUCUUUGAUCCCUACCUUCAAGAAACCCCAAGUUGCUGAAAAGUUUCCCGGUGUCAACUGCAAGGCAGCAACUGGAAUUUUUGGCAGUUCAGAUUCAGCUGCAAGAUUCUCUGCUCAAUCUAUAUGUCUCAAACCUUCACAGGAAAAGUUGAAAGUGGACUUGAAUAGCACACAGGAAGUAGAAUCCAAAGUGUUGCGUUGUCCAUUGAGUUUUCAGAUAAAUGAAAAUCCGCAGCACCAAUGUGUCAUUCAAGGUGAUACUGGAAAUUUAGUUCUGGAUGAUGUAACUUAUUGCACAUCUGAGAAGAUUUCUACUGAACAAUGUCAAGAAUUCCAGGGUAACAGUGCGCUGCCGCCCUCAGGCUGCAAAAAUAAUGUACAAGAUGGUAGUAAUAUGUCUGACGAUAAUAGAGAUGAGAAAAGGAAGUCUUGCCUCUCAGUAGAAGAAUACUGUGCUUUACCAAUGAAAGAUUCUAUGGAUUCUACGAUGCAGGGUCCUCCUUGCGAUGAGUUGACACUGUUUGACAACUACUCACAGUUGAAAGUCAGCAAUCCGGGGGAAGAAGAUAUGUGUACUACCAAUGAUUUUAGUGGAGAUUCUGAUACAUUGGAUGUACCUGGACAACCUCUAAAUGAAUGCCUGCACCCUGGAAACGAAGACGAGAUUAGUCCUUGCCUUUCUGAAGAAAAAGAUGCGUUAGUUGUUUAUCAUUCUACUGAAUAUGUAGCAAAGCAGCCUGAGGUUUUGGAUUCCUUCACUGCAAAAUCAUCUUUCUUUGGGGAUUUGGCUUCAAUAAAGGGUGAUGCAGACAAUCCAUCUUCUUCAGAAAAUCAGUUAGGUAAUACUGAAUUUGUUUCUGUACCUUUGGAGCCUUCUGAAGCACUAGAUUGUGUUCAAUCACUAUGCAAUCAUCUUGAGGUAAAUGCGGUAGCGAACUCUGUUUUGUGUGAUCAUAACAUGGUGUGUGAUGGUCAAUCUGUAUUAGAAACGGAGAAGAGAAUUGAAAUAAGCGAAAGCACAGAGAAAAACUAUGAGACUGAUUUCAUUGGUCCAUUUUCCGAAUGCAAAUACUGGUUUAGAGAAUCUGAAGAGCAACAUUUGUCGAACCAAUUAGUCCUUGAGGUGAAAGAGGGUGGUCAUGAGAUAGAUGUCUUGAUCAGAAACGAAGAAGCUGAUGGGCCUGAUAUGCAGAUAGAAUGCUUUACUGGUUCGUCUGAUGCUGACAACAUGGAACAAGUGAAAUUACUAAGGCCUUCCUCCGUUGAAGUUACGAUGGAGAUUAAACCUCUGGAAUCAUCUCAUGAACCCUUCUCUGAGAAAUCAACUUCUGAAAAACAGAAGCAAUACAAUUGUUCCAGCAGUGAAAAUACAUCUGAUGUAAAUGAUGGUUGUGUAAUGAAACAGGCUGAUCAACUUGGAACAUUAGUUGGUUGUUCUCCAGAAAAAGAUGCAUCUGUUGCGGUUUUCUCUUAUUCAAAUGAGGAGCUUGGAGAUAACUCUGAGCUGGAAGACAUGGAUUUGGUUACAGACUCAGAUUGUUCAGAUGAGGAGCCUGAGGAUAAAUUGGAGCGGACAGAGGUGGAUGUGGUUACUGAUCCAGAGCUCAUUAGUGGCCUUGAUGAGUUUUCUGUCAAGGGCGUCCGUAAUCAAGAAUAUCCGGAAGUAGAAGAUAUCCAAACUGCAUCAGACCUUUGUGGAAAAACUAAAACUCUACUAAGUGAAUCAGUCAGUUCCUCGGAUUCUAUAUUUGGAGUUCCUGAGUGUCUAAAUGAGGGCACAAACUUUUCCAGAAUCUCUGAAGGCAUGUCAAAAGAGGAUUCAAAUUCUGGACGUAUUGAGCAUAACUAUGUUGUAAAAGCUGAAUUCCAGGUAGAUGCUGAAAAGGAUUUCAGUGCACAGGUUACUGGUCAAGAACUCGUCCCCAAUGAAGGAGAUGAAGUUAAAGUUGUAAAGAUCUCUCCUGAUCCUGUAUCAUUUGCGCCCAGAGAGGAAGAACUAGGAACUCCAAUACCCAUGAAGGAGACUAUCUCAGGCAGAGAUGAUAUGCAGAUUAACGAGUUCAAUGUACUCAGCGAUGACAUUUUGACAUCAGAAAGCAAUGCAUCAGAAGGCAAUGACAAGAUGAUACUACUGGAUGCUAAACUUGAGAAGAAACCUGAUCCAAUAAUUGUGAAGCCUCCAAAUGCUGUUCCAUUUUCUGACGAGUGGUUAGCUGCAAUUGAGGCUGCUGGGGAGGAAAUUUUAACACUGAAAAGUGGACGUGUGCAACAUUCACCAACCGAGAAAUCUGCUCCUGAACCAGGUCCAUGGUCUCCGGUCAAGAAGAGCAACCAAGUUGUAGGACCAUUUGACUGUACAAAGUAUAAUAACAAAGGUCUUCCUCCUGCUUUUGACUGAAGAAAACUAGGUUUCUUCUACGGUUUCUUCUGCCUUAACCAUUUUUAUUUGUUUUUACCCUUUUAUCACUACUAGGAGGUUACAAAUUUGUUGAACACACUCACUUUAUGAUUUUGUAUACCUGAGAAAUAAAAUAUGUAGAAAGCACUUGUUGUUGAGGCAUGAAUGACUUCCACACGAGCUAUUUUCCCUAAUCACAUGUUGAGAUAUUUGACAGGAUUUAGGAUGAAUACAAGUGAACUUGUCGUGCAUAUUCUAUUCAAUUUCAUGACAUUUACAAUCCUGGG